GAUGGGUCACACCACUGAAUCUUAAGGCGGGCUGGGUUCUCAGGCUGUGAAAUGACACCCUCCUCUCCACCCCACCCUGGCUCUGGGGCAACUGCACCUAGAAUCAACGGGAUGUGCGAGCACCUAUGUAGGGGAAUGCCCCACCUGGAGCAAGCAGGAACCAACCAGCAUCCAGGUUGUCCUGGAACUAGAAAAGAAUCUGUCUGGAAAGCAGGGGAAUCCGGGGCUGUUUGCACCCCAGACCCCAAAGCACAACAGCAUAUAAGAGGACUGCCACCAUCCACCGCUCAGCACAAACAGCCCUCUUUCUCCAACCUCCUAACUCCAACCUCCUAACGGAGGCUAAAAGAAGAUGGCACGAGAACAGUACACCACAGUCACAGAGGGCACCCACAUAGAGAGGCCCGAGAGCCAGCUUGUCCACAGGAUCGGGAUUUAUGGCUGGAGGAAGCGCUGUCUCUACCUAUUUGUUCUUCUCUUGCUCAUCAUCCUUGUUGUGAAUCUCGCUCUCACAAUCUGGAUUCUGAAAGUGAUGUGGUUUUCUCCAAUAGGAAUGGGUCACUUGCAUGUUACGCAAGAUGGACUUCGCCUGGAAGGGGAAUCAGAGUUUUUAUUUCCACUGUAUGUCAAAGAAAUACGCUCCAGAGUGGACUCAUCUCUGCUUCUGCAGUCAACUCAGAAUGUGACAGUCAAUGCUCGCAACUCAGAAGGGGAGGUCACAGGCAGGGUGAAAGUGGGUGCCCAAAUGGUAGAAGUCCAGAGCCAGCACUUCCAGAUCCGUUCUGAAGACGGCAAGCCACUGUUCACCGCCGAGGAGCGGGGUGUCAUGGUCGAUACCGGCAGACUGCGAGUAACCGGGCCAGAAGGCGCUAUUUUCGAACACUCAGUGGAGACACCCCUUGUCAGAGCUGACCCAUUUGAAGACCUUCGGUUAGAAUCCCCAACCCGGAGUCUAAGCAUGGAUGCCCCAAGGGGAGUUCACAUUAAAGCUCACACGGGGAAGAUGGAGGCCCUUUCUCAAAUGGACAUCAUCUUGCAGAGUAGUGAUGGAGUGCUGGUGCUUGAUGCUGAGACUGUGGGUUUGCCCGAGUUGGAGCAAGGGACACCGGGUCCCUCUGGCAGUUCUAAGGGAUUCUAUGAGAUUUGUGUGUGUCCCGAUGGGAAGCUGUACCUGUCUGCGGCUGAUGAGGCCACCACCUGCGAGGAACACAGCCACAUCUGUCUCUGACCACUACCUCUUCUGCAGAACAGAUGUUGUCUUGGUGAGCUGUGGCCUCAGCCUUCAUGUCCCUGGCAGCUGGACGGGAGCUGGUAGAUUCACUGCUAAGCACUUAGAAGCUUGCAGGGGGAGUGUGCCCAUGGAACCAUUGGGCUAGAGUGCCUGCUUUCAGCAUGGCACAAAGAAAUGUCAAGAACUUAGUCACUGGAUUUUCAUCUUUCUAGCCUCCUUCCACAUCUCUCGUGUUGAACUGCUGUCUGCAAGCAGUUUAUAGUACUCAACAGCAGACAUCUAUACACACACACAAACACACACACACACACAGCUGACUAGUGGAUUCUAAAAUGCCCCAACUCUGCACAACCCUUCCUUUACGUUAAGCCUCAAGUGCUCCCUUCAGUCAAGUGCAGUGUGUCAGGUUUUACUAAGAGAUCUCCAGAGUUUGAAGGGAGUCUGAAGUUGAUAGAUUUUCAAUAUGUAGUUAGGGGAAGAAAUUACACAAAAUUAGUCAUGCUUUUUAUACACAUACCAAUGAGCAAUAAAAUGACAUUGCUUUUCA